GCUUUCUCCUCUCCUCCUCCCCUCCCCGGCCUAUCGUCGACAUGACCACAGAUCGAGUGAAGCUGGCUGUGGACGAGUGAGUCGUAGGGAUACGGAUACAGUCGAGCUUGAGUGCCAUGGAAGAUGCAGAGGGGAAGCCAAGGGUAAUCAUCCGGGAGUACAGCCCGUCGACGGACCGCGCCGGCACGGAGGCCGUCGAUCGCGAGUGCGAGGUCGGCCAACCCGGCGGCAUGUCGCUCCACGCCGACCUGCUCGGCGACCCCGUCGCCCGCAUUCGCCACUCGCCGGCCUACCUCAUGCUCGUAGCUGAGACGUCUGCCCAGCCCGGCCGGAUCGUCGGCCUCAUCCGCGGCACCGUCAAGUCCGUGGCCACGGGAAAGAGCUGCCCCGGCAAGCCCGCCUUCGCCAGCGUCGGCUACAUUCUCGGCCUCCGCGUCUCACCUUCCCACAGGAGGAUGGGCGUAGCGCUGCGGCUGGUAGGGCAUCUGGAGCGGUGGUUCUCGCUGAUGGGCGCCGAGUAUGCGUACAUGGCCACGGAUAAGUCCAACGAGGCGUCUGUGCAGCUCUUCACCGGGCGGUGCGGUUACUACAAGUUUCGCACGCCGUCGCUCCUCGUGCACCCCGUGCACGCGCACCGCCUCCGGGCCCCGCGCCGCGCGGCCGUUUUGUCCCUCGACGCGCGCGACGCCGAGCAGCUGUACCGCCGACGGUUCAGCCACGUCGAGCUCUUCCCGGCCGACAUCGGCGCCGUCCUCGGCAACAGGCUCUCGCUCGGCACGUUCCUGGCCGUCGUGGACGAAGGUUUUAAGUGGCGCGGGGUGGAGCACUUCCUGGCCUCGCCGCCGGCGUCGUGGGCCGUGGCGAGCCUAUGGGACUGCGGCGGCGUGUUCCGCCUGGAGAUGCGCGGGUCCUCGCGCCUCCGCCGCGCCGCCGCCGCCGCGAGCAGGGCGCUGGACCGCGCGGCCAAGUGGAUGCGCGUGCCGUCCGUUCCCAACUUCUUCCGUCCGUUCGCGGGCUGGUUCGCGUACGGCCUCGGCGGCGAAGGCGACGACGCAGCGCUGGCCGCGAAGGCGCUGUACGUGUCGUUCGUGAACAGGGCGCGCGGCAGGGCGGCGGCCGUGGCAGUGGAGGUGGCCGCGCUGGACCCGCUCCGGCGGCGGCUGCCGCACUGGCGCAGCCUGUCGUGCGCAGAGGACCUGUGGUGCAUGAAGCGGCUAGGAGGAGGCGAGUCCGACGCGGACGGCUGGGAUUGGGCCAAGUCGGCGCCCGGGCAGUCCAUCUUCGUGGACCCCAGAGAGGUUUGAUUGACUCGGCAGCGACCGUAACUAGACCAGCCAGAGCUAGAGCUAAGCUAGGGGUUUAGAUAGGAAGGUUUUGGAUUUAGCAGUCGAGGUUUUGAAGGAGCCUAGUUUGUUUUCCUUUUUCUGGCAGAGAAGAAAAGAAAAGAAAAGAAAAUCGUGGGCGGCUGUGAGCCGAUGGAUCCACCACGGCACCUAUCGAAUCGACGAGACAGAAAAGAGAGAUGCGACGCGGAUGGCGAGAGCCAGCCGUCUCAGAUAUUAUCAUGCACACAUGCAGUUACUACCAGAUGUAUGUAUGUAUGUCUAGAUGCUACUCACCCUGGAGUGCAUAUCUCCCCUGUUUUUCGUCCCUGUAAUUUGCACCGUGCAGGUGUGUGGUCGCCGGCCGGCCAUA